AUGGCAUAUAACGCAAUCCAGAGUAGCGGACUUUCGGAUGACGACGAAGAUGACUUGACCUUCGUCAACGAAACUUAUAGGCCAUGUAAAAUACUCUAUGUAAUGACCAGUACUGGCGUGUAUUUGCUGCGAAACAUCGGUCCAAAUUAUCGCAUACUACUUGUCAAAUCAAGAUUCAUUGCUUCACUAUUGAAGAGCAGAGUCAUCCCUCAUUACGGCCAUGACUGCGCAUUAUCUUAUGGAGGUAGAGAGUUAGCAGAUAACGAGACACUGGAAAGCUGUCGCAUUGGGGAUGAAGCAACUGUAAAUGCUGUUGUGUGGGAACAGAAUCCUAAGUCGCCUGGCUUCUCGGGCUAUGCGAUAGAUUCGCGUGAAGAUGAGCAGAAGACCAAGAAAUUCAAGCGCGGUAGAAGUUCAUUAGACUUAGCAGAGGAAAAUGUAUUUGAAGAUCGAGUACUUUGGUGUGCUCCAGCUUCGAAAAAGCAAAAGUCGGUUAGAUUUGCUGAACAAGACGAUCCUAUUCCCCACGCGCCAACAUUUUCGCGUCCGUUAUUGCUUUCACAAAAUCCAGGUCCAGAACAUUAUAUCAUGUCAGGGGCAUUAGGACCAGCAGACAGACCUCUGGAGUUUCACGAUAGCUUGGUCCGAGAUAGUCCAUCAAGAGGUCUUCAACGAAGGCGAUCUCUUGGAGAAUUGAUAGGACCCGUAAUGCCAAAAACGUCUUUGCGAUCCCCGAACUUUUAUAGUAGUUCCGCGCGUGAGCCAGAAACACCCAUUCGUGCUUCUUAUGAUGCUUUCUCAUAUCCUAUUACGCUCCAAGACGCUUCUAGAAGAGAUCUUCAAAGUAAUUAUAACCUGUUAAGACAUUCGGAUAAAACUCCCCACCGCGGAAUGUAUUACCAUUCUUCUUCAGCUGCAGUACGUUUUGCUCCGAAAAUUCAAUAUGGACAUUCACUGACGUCCCAUCCUUUUCCCGCAGUACGAAACACCGUGUACGUUCGACCUCCGGGAACUGGGCCAACAUCUGGAUAUUUAUCUCCAUCGUCAUUCCUUGGAUCGUUAAAUCCUGCUCACGUAACAACAACUCUGCCUCCGGUUCCACAUCAACCAUUGUUUCCUCCUACUUCUCAGGAGAUACCUUCAUUCAAACCAAAAUCACCCAUUCGACAAAAAUUUUCAUUCAAAAAUCCUCUAGCAUCAUAUGCGCCAUUACCUUCGGGAUCACCAUCAAUAUCAAGCCUAUUCAUUCACAGAUACCUUUUGUCUCAACGUUCAGAUUCGAGUUCCAGGCCAAUACUCGAAUCAACUCCAACAUCAACUCCGCAGCAUCAGCCUUCGAAUCCUUACUUUUUAAGGUCCACACCAUCAUCCAUUCUCCAAUCAUUGAACUCAUACUUCUCAACACCUUCACUACCGUCCCGGUCAUUUGAAUCACCAUCUGUUCUCCAAAUAUUAAAUCCAUACUUUUCAAACACAUCCCCACCUCCUCCGAAAUAUCCUCCUUCGCAGACACCAUCCCACAGCUCUUCAUACUCCCCACAACCCACGAAUCACAAUUCGAUGACUUACGAUUACUUCCAAGCCGCGCGAGCUAAAAGAUCAUCCUCACCACCCAUUCUCCAUCCAUUAAAUUCUCCUCUUCCAUCACCACCGCCCCCUCCACCUCAUGUCAGGGUUGAAUCGCCAUCAGCAACAUUCUUUCCAUAUGGCGGUCAACCCUCAGAUAUUCAACGAGAAAAAUCAACAUUCGCAUUCCCAUCACCCAAAGCAGAUUAUUUGCAGUUUGAUCCUUUUUCCAAUUCAGCUCUACAAAGUGAAUCUCAACCUGAUAUACCUGGAAGUUAUCCUCCAUCACCCCCACCAACUCGUCCUACUCGCUCACCUUAUUUCCAUACCCCUUCGCCUUCCCGGCCUCCUUCACCUAACAGAGAAGAAAAACAAAAACAAUCCCAGAUUCCCCGCAUUCCGUCCUUUUACAACCACCAUCCCCUUCCAUCGAAAUCUAUUUCCGAUCCUUUAGCUGCAUCUUCUCUUUCAACACCAGAGCCCACACCCUCUCUCACCUCCACAGAGCGUCCCAAAAAAACACCACCCAACCAAUCCACAGCAGAGUCGACUACCUCGAAACAAUCAUACUACUCUUCUCACUCUCCUCUCCCAGCAGGAUCUUCCCUCAGAGGCGCAAUUGCAGUUCCUUCGCUUGCAUACGAGUUGCUACCAGAAGAUUUCCUAGCCUAUCGAACAGUGAGACAGCUUAUAGAACUUCAAGGAUGGGAAAUGAGCCAGGGAGAAUGGCGAUCUGUACGGGAAGUGUUGAAAAGGUGUCGAAAUGGAGAGAAUGGUGCGAGGGGUAAUAUCGAAGUACUUGCUAAGGGAGUGGUUGAGUUGGAGGGAAACGGUGCUUGGAUGAGUUGA